ACUACACGUCGCGCUCUGCGUAUUUUGAAACUCGGUUCUAGCGGUUUCAGUUUGUGUGUCCUUAAUUUUUUUGAAUGUUUAAUUAAAGGAAUGACACGCUAUGACCCAAAAGAGAGGUUCAGGUACUUGGAACAACUCAUAACGGAGUUUGAGACCACAACCUCCGCAGAUGCAAAAGAACAGGUUCUCGCCAACCUUGCAAACUUCGCCUACGACCCCAUAAACUACGAUCACUUUCGGAAGUUGAAGAUUACAGAACUGUUCCUUAGUCAAUUAGAAUGCGAGAACGAAACCAUUCAGGAAUUCGCUGUUGGAGGGAUCUGCAACCUAGCAGCAGACAAGUCCUUUGUAAAUGAGCUGGUGCAGCUUAAAGGAAUUCCGAGGCUAAUCACCUGCCUUACCAGUGGUCGAGAAGAAACCGUGCUCUCUACCAUAACUGUACUGAUCUUCGUGGCAUCGUCUGGCGUUGGGGAAGAUGUAACGUCCGGUACUGUUGUCGAGUGUAUGCUGAAGUACGCCGACUCGUCAAAUAAGAGACUUAGCAACUUGGCCAAAGUGUUCCUCAAGGAUGCUUGCAGUGAAGACAAGGUCAAGCAAGUACAAGGUUUGGCAUGCAAUGCAGAGUGUCAGGAAGUAACUUAAUAAAAUGAAUAAAUUAGUAUUUACACAAAAAAUAUGUGGAACAGGUGUGUUU